UCCGUCAUUUCCAACAACCUUAACCCCAUUCAACUUUCUCAUUGCAUCACCAACCAAACGCACACGGGAGUUUUUUUUCAGGCUUGUAUAAAUACUACUCCAUUUUGAAGUUGAGAGGUCUCAAAGGUCCACCUAACCCAAUUCCCACUUCAACAACCACCGUCUUUGAACGUCUGAGUCUAUUGGAAGAGAGGGGGGGUGAUAUAACAUGGAGGCAAAAGUUUCCCGAGGCGUGCAAUUGCCCAAUUGGAUAAACCCAGAGAAGAUUGCAAGAAAACCGAACAGUUCUUUGCAGUUUUUUCAGAAAUAUGGGGAACAACGGUUGUACCGAGUACCUGCUUCUUGUAAUCUGCUAACUAAAAGAGGAAGAUUCCAUGGGCCUGCAGUUUUAAAGAUCUCGUGUUCUUCUGAAAGCAGUCCAGCUUUCGUACUGGAGUCUGGAAGUUAUGCAGCAUCUUCUGAUGAAUCAAAGAUCAUAAAAAAUAAAUCAGAGGAGAUUGAACCAUAUCUAAACGGACGGUGUAUAUAUCUAGUUGGAAUGAUGGGAUCUGGAAAAACAACAGUGGGCAAAGUUUUGUCGGAAACCCUGGAAUAUUCAUUUUGUGACUGUGACACGCUGAUAGAGGAGGCUGUUGGUGGAAGUACUGUGGCUGAAAUAUUUAAGUUAUAUGGCGAGAACUUCUUCAGAGAUAAUGAGACUGAGGUAUUACACAAGUUGUCUCUGAUGCACCGAUUAGUUGUCUCCACGGGUGGGGGCGCUGUGGUUCGGUCAAUCAAUUGGAGAUACAUGCAAAAGGGUAUCAGUGUUUGGCUAGACGUACCUUUGGAAGCCUUAGCACGGAGAAUUACAGCAGUCGGAACUAAUUCCCGGCCCCUAUUGCAUCAUGAAUCCGGAGAUCCUUAUUCAAAGACCAUGAAGCGACUAACUUACCUUUUCGAAGAGAGGGGUGAAGCAUAUAAGAAUGCUGAUGUCAGAGUUUCUCUUGAAGAUAUUGCGGCCAAACUUGGAUUGGAAGAUGUAUGUAAUCUCACACCAACUGUAAUUGCACUUGAGGUGCUUCUACAAAUUGAGAAUUUCUUGAAGAGAUAAGGAAUGAACAUUAUUCAAUUCUUUCAAUUCCAUCAAAUUCCAUAAGUUGAGUGCUGCAUUUCGAUUUUCCAGCUGCGAGACGAAUAAUGUGAAAGAUGUGGGGGUUGUCAAUUAAGUGUAAUAAUCUACUGUAAAUGUUGUAUCAUUGUAUGACAGAUGCUUUGAGUUCAUCUGGAUCUUGGGGCUUCUCUUUUGUAAUUUUAUGUAACCGAACAUUGUAUCUGCUAUUUUUGUUUAUUCAACUUGUAGUCCCAUUGUUGCUCUA